UCGGCCACGCGGGGGCGCAGCUUCGGCGUUGCCGUACUGAUACACAAACAUGGCGACAAGGCAGUCAUUCAAGAUGCGGGUCCCCUUGCUGAACGCCGUCACUCUUUUAUUCGUUGUCGUCCCGGGGUCCUUUUCCUCCAGUCUUCGCCUCCGUCGUGACCAGCGGUUCGCGCUGCCGCAGGAAAGGGGCUUUUUUUGGGUGAACGCCAACCGGGAGCAUCACGGAACGGGCACCGAAAGUGGAGUCCGGGCUGUGCGCGGAGCCGCGGAGCCCGGAGACGGAGCCGCUUGGCGGAUACCCCAGCACCGCGCUCGCCGGAGCGCUGCGGAGCCGCCCCUGCUCAAGGUGUACGGCAAGGUCAACCUGAACGACUCCCACAACCAGAUGGUGGUGCACUGGGCCGGGGAGAGGAGCAAUGUCAUUGUGGCGCUGGCCCGGGACAGCGCCGGCGCCUCCGGGCCCAAGAUGAGCGCGGUGUAUGUGUCCUACGACUACGGAACCACCUUUUCCCACAUCUCGGACCAGUUCCAGCUGAGCGAUUCCAAGGCGGGCAGCAAGCAGGCCAUCGCUCAGUUCUACCACAGCCCAGUUGACAACAAGAGGUACCUCUUCGCCGACACCACGAAUGGCUUCCUGUGGAACACGUUCGACUUCUGCAAGACUGUCCAGGGCUUCUCCACCCCCUUCAAACCUACUGAUCUUCUGCUGCACAGCACAAACCCCAGCCUGGUGCUUGGCUAUGACAGCCUGGACCCCAAUAAAGGGUUGUGGAAGUCAGAUGAUUUUGGAGAGACUUGGGUGCUGAUCCAGGAACAUGUGAAGUCCUACUUCUGGGGCGUGGAGCCAUACGACUCCCCCACCACGGUGAUCGUCCAGAGACACGAGCCAUCCGGCGCCUCCAGUGUGCUCAUCAGUACCGACUUCUUCCAGAGUGAGCAGAACCGCAGCGUCAUCAUGGAACGUGUGGACAGCUUCCAGCUGCGUGACAAGUACAUGUUCGCCACAACAACGCGGACGCUGCUGGGGAGUCAGGAGCCAUCUUCUGUCCAGCUUUGGGUCUCUUACAACCGUCAGCCAAUGAGGGCGGCUCAAUUCAACACUCGCCACCCAAUCACUGAAUACUACGUCGCAGAUGCCUCGGAAGACCAGGUGUUCGUGUGUGUGAACCACCAGGACAACAUCACCCAUCUGUACAUUUCCGACACGCUGGGCCUCUCCUUCUCCCUCUCGCUGGAGAAUGUGCUGUAUUACAGUCCUGAUGGUACUGGCAGCAAUACGCUCAUCAGGUACUUUGCCAGCGAGCCCUUUGCCGACCUGCACCGUGUGGAGGGCCUGCGUGGGGUCUACAUUGCCACGCUGAUCAACGGCUCGCUCAGCGAGGACAAUAUGCGCUCUGUCAUCACCUUCGACAAGGGGGGUACCUGGGAGCUGCUGCAGCCCCCCAGCACCGACAGCCUGGGCGGCACCCUUGACUGCCAGCUCUCCAAGGGCUGCUCACUGCAUCUGGCCCAGCGCUGGAGCCAGCUGCUCAACGUCCAGCUGCGGAGGAUGCCCAUCCUGUCCAAGGAAUCAGCUCCAGGCUUCAUCAUGGCCACAGGAUCUGUGGGGCGCAGCCUGGCCAAUAAACCUAAUGUGUAUAUGUCGAGCAGCGCUGGGGUUCGUUGGAGAGAGGCCCUGGCUGGUCCACACUUCUACACCUGGGGAGACCAUGGUGGAAUUCUCAUGGCUAUUGCACAAGGUGGCCCCACCACGGAGUUGAAGUUCAGCACCAACGAGGGCGAAACGUGGACGCCUUUCCAGUUCUCCUCCAGGGAGGUGUACGUGUACCAGCUGCUGACAGAGCCUGGGGAGAAGAGCACCGUCUUCACCAUCUUCGGUUCCUAUGCCGACCAGGGUCACAGCUGGCUCAUCCUGCAGGUCAACGCCAGCGAUGUCCUGGGGGUGCCGUGCACGGAGGCGGACUAUAAGCGCUGGUCCCCGUCAGACGAGCGGGGCAAUGGCUGUUUGCUGGGCCGCGAGCUGGUAUUCAAGCGCCGCACUCCACACGCCACCUGCUUCAACGGCGAGGACUUUGACCGGCCGAUCACCGUGACCAACUGCUCCUGCACACGGCAGGACUACGAAUGUGACUAUGGGUACAAGCUGAGUGACGACCUGUUCCUCGAGGUGUGUGUCCCUGACCCUGAGUUCUCUGGCCGGCUGGAUGUCCCGCCCGUGCCCUGCCCCGUGGGUACCACAUAUCGUCACAGCAAGGGGUACAGGAAGGUAUCUGGGGACAGCUGCCAUGGAGGCGAUGUGGAAGCCAGGCUGGGUGGAGAGAUGCUGCCUUGCCCUGUGGGAGAGAGUAACGAGUUCAUCUUGUACGCCGUGCGGAGCUCCAUCCAUCGCUACGACCUGGCCAGCGGCACUGACCAGCCCCUGCCGUUGUCAGGCCUGCGAGAAGCCGUGGCCUUGGACUUCGACUACGAGCGGAACUGCCUGUACUGGGCCGACAUUGCGCUGGACACCAUCCAGAGGUUGUGCCUGAACGGAAGCUCUGGGCAGGAGAUCAUCGUCAGGAGGGGCCUGCAGAACGUGGAGGCGCUGGCCUUUGACCCCGUCAGCCGGCUGCUCUUCUGGGUGGAUGCUGGGGCUCAGAAGAUCGAGGUGGCCAACUCUGAUGGGGACCUCCGUCACACUCUGUUCAACUCCUCCGUGCUGGAGCACCCCAGGGCCCUCUCUCUGCUGCCUGGGGAAAGCCUCAUGUUCUGGACCGACUGGGGGGACCGCGCUGCCGGCGUGUAUCGCGCCUGGAUGGACGGCACCAACGUGUCCUGCAUCGUAUCCGAUGGAGUACGCUGGCCUAAUGGCAUCACCACCGACGAGCACUGGCUGUACUGGACUGAGGCGUUCGGGGACCGCAUCGAGCGGGCCGACUUCCUGGGCGGCCAGCGCACCGUGCUCAUGGAGGGUCUGCCACACCCCUAUGCCAUCGCCGUCUUCAAGAAUGACAUCUACUGGGAUGACUGGUCCCGCAUGGGCAUCUUUAAGGCCUCCAAGUCCGGCUCGCUGGACAGUGAGCUUCUGGUGGGCCGGCUGACUGGCGUGAUGGACCUCAAGAUCUUCUACAGGGGCAAGACCAAAGGGCACAACGCUUGUGCCGACCAGCCCUGCAGCCUGCUCUGCCUUCCGCGUCCCGGGCACCGCCAUACCUGCGUGUGCCCAGAGGGGGCGCCCACCAAGCAGCUGCCCUCGGGGGAGCUGCAGUGCCAGUGUCCAGUCGGAUACCACCUUCAGAACAACACCUGCGUCAAGAUGGAGCGCACCUGCCUCCCCAAUCAGUAUCGCUGCUCCAACGGGAAAUGCAUCAGUAGCAUUUGGAAGUGUGACAGCGACAACGACUGCGGCGACAUGAGCGACGAGCAGGAGUGCCCCACCACCGUUUGUGACCCUGCUGUGCAGUUCCGCUGCAUUGCCUCUGGAUCCUGCAUCCCAUUGGCCUUCAAAUGUGACCAUGAAGAUGACUGUGGCGAUAACAGUGACGAGGAGCACUGUGAGUCUCACCAGUGCCGUGUGGGGGAGUUCACGUGUGCCCGGGGAGUUUGCAUCCGUGAGGCGUGGCGCUGUGACGGGGACAACGACUGCCGAGACUGGUCAGAUGAGACCAACUGCACAGUGGGCCACCACACCUGUGAAUCCAGCAGUUUCCAGUGCCACACAGGCCACUGUAUCCCCCAGCGCUGGGUGUGUGAUGGGGACGACGACUGCCAGGAUGGCUCUGAUGAGGAGCCCUCACGCUGCGGGGGCACUCACUGCAAUGGCUUCCUGUGCCCCAAUGGUACCUGCCUGCCCUCCAGCUCCCACUGCAAUGGCGUGGAGGACUGCCCAGGGGGCGCUGAUGAGCAACGUUGCGACCCGCUCUGCACGCGCUACAUGGAGUUUGUGUGCAGGAACCGUGCCCAGUGCCUGUUCCAGUCUCUCGUGUGUGAUGGCGUCCGGCACUGUGCCGAUGGCUCGGAUGAGGAUGCCACCUACGCCGGCUGCUCCACGCGGCCCGAGUUCGAGCGGACCUGUGAUGCCUACAGCUUCCAGUGUGCCAACGGGGCAUGCGUCAGCCUCGAGUGGAAAUGCGACGGCAUGGACGACUGCGAAGACUACUCCGACGAGGCCAACUGCGGUUCUGCCACUGACGUUCCUGGCUGCUCCCGCUACUUCCAGUUUGAGUGCCGCAACAGUCGCUGCAUCCCCAGCUGGUGGAAAUGUGACGGCGAGAACGAUUGUGGCGACUGGUCUGACGAGGAGGGCUGCAUGGGAGGACUCACCCCCCGUCCCACCACACCUGGGUCCCUCUCCUGUUCCCCAAAUCACUUCCACUGCGACUCGGGGACCUGUAUCAUCAACAGUUGGGUUUGUGAUGGCUUCGCUGACUGUCCAGAUGGCAGUGACGAGGUCGGCUGCUUCAAAGACUCGAACACCACCACGCCCCCCGUGCCCACCCAGCCGCCCGUGCGGCCCCGUCCCACCGGCCGCUGCGGAAAGGGCCAGUUCCCGUGCCUCCGCCCCCCCACCUGCAUCCCAGACUGGCAGCGCUGUGAUGGGCGGCGGCACUGCCAGGACGGCUCUGACGAGAUCUCCUGUCCCACCCAGGGCCCUCUGACUUGCGUGAACGGCACGCUGUGUGCCGAUGGCGAGGCCUGCGUGACGGAAAGCGAGAAGUGUGACGGCUUCGUCGACUGCUCUGACCACAGUGACGAGGACAAUUGCUCAUCUGACACACGGAUCUACAAGGUCCAGAACCUACAGUGGAGCUCUGACUUCUCCGGUGCUGUCACACUCACCUGGUCCCGGCCCAAAAGCAUGCCACCCUCCUCAUGCUACUAUCUGGUCUACUAUAGACUGGUAGGGGCACAGACCUGGACCACGGUGGAGACCCACAGCAACAAGAGCAGCUACGCACUGACAGUGCUGAAGCCAGAUACGACCUACCAGGCCAAGGUGCAGGUGCAGUGCCUCAGCAAGCUGCACCGGACCAGCGAGUUUGUGACGCUGCGUACGCCAGAGGGAUUGCCUGACCCACCCCGGGACCUCCAGCUCUCCUGUGACCUCAGCAAGGAGGGCACGGUGCUGUGCUCCUGGCAGCCUCCGGAUCCGACUCACGGACUCAUCCGGGAGUACAUCGUGGAGUACUUGGCAGGAGGCAGUGUGGAGUGGAACUCACAGCGCAGCACCAGUACCCAUGCUGAGGUCGGGGGUCUGCGGCCCAGUGCCCUCUACAGUUUCCGGGUAGCUGCCGUUACCAGCCGUGGUGUAGGAAACUGGUCCGAUGUCAAAUCCAUCACACCCCAGGAAGCCCUUCAAGUGCCGUCUGUCGAAGUGGAGCAUAUCACAGAAGACUCAGUCAGUCUCACUUUCGGUUUCAGUUCCAUGUACAAGGUCCAGCAGUACAUGCUGAUUCUCUACUGGGUAUUCGACUCUCACGUGAGGGAGAGCAGGACCAUGACGGCUUUGGGUAGUAAGCUGACAGUGACAAACCUGACCGCUGGCACCAGCUACGAGCUGGCAGUGUGGGCCCACACCAGUGUGGGGGACAGUCCCACAGCCCUGACCCGGCUCCAGACGCACGGCAGUCAGCCAAGCCCCCCCUUCCUUAAGGCCCGCCCCCUCAACCAGAGCACCGUAGACUGCAGCUGGACCGGUCCCCAUGCUGAGCUGUACGGUGUGUUCUUCGCUACCUCCUUCCUGGAACUGUACCGCCAACCACACAGCCGCAACAGCACAAGCAGCAGCCUGACGGUCAGCGUGGAUAGCGAUGAGCAGUACCUCUUCCUGGUGCGAGUCAUCUCGCCCUACCUGGGCCCCCCCUCCGAGUACGUUGUGGUUAGGAUGAUUCCCAGCAGCAGGCUGCCCCCCCGCAACCUGCACAAGGUGCGUGUGGAUCGCACCCAAGCCACGCUGAAAUGGCAGCCACCUUACGACAUGCCUACCACUCCUCUGACGUACUGGGUGCACGUGAAGGACAUGGUGCGUCGCGCAGAGGUUAGCUACAAGGUCACCACACAGAACAACACUGUGGAGUACGUGCUGACCCGCCUGGAGCCUGGGGGGCGGUACAGCGUCAGCGUGCGCCUCAGCAACAUGAGCAAGGAGGCAAGCCUGACGCUCAGCACGGUGCCCCUGCCUGCCCCAGAGGCCCUGAAGAUCUUAGUUGAGAAUGAUCACGUCUUUCUUCUGUGGAAGAGCCUGGCACUGAAAGAGAAGAGCUUCAACGAGAGCAGGGGCUACGAGCUGCACGUCUACGACAGCGUCACCAACUCCUCCACCUGCCUGGGCAACACCACGGAAACCUUCUUCCGCAUCGGCAGUCUGCUCCCGGGCCACAACUACACCUUCUCCGUUCAGGCGCGCUGUCUGGUGAACGGGCAGCUGUGCGGGGAGCCGGCGCUGCUGCUGUACGACAUCCUGAGCGCAGAACCAAACAGCGUCCCGUCCCAGAAGGGCAGCUCGGGUGACACUGCGGCCGUGGUGGUGCCCAUCCUCUUCCUGCUGCUGCUGGCGUUGGCCGGCGGCACUGUGGCGUUGUACAUGCGACAUCGGCGGCUCCAGCACAGCUUCACUGCCUUCACCAACAGCCACUACAACUCGCGCCUGGGCUCCGCCAUCUUCUCCUCCGGGGACGAGCUGGGUGACGAGGACGAGGACGCGCCUAUGAUCAGCGGUUUCUCAGACGAUGUUCCCAUGGUGAUAGCAUAACGGAGGAUGCUAUAGGGAGGGAGUUCCUUAACAACCACCCGCCUACACUGAACCCCCCACCCCCAGACAGGCUUUCUUCCUCCCACCUUCAGCCAUUACUCCCUCCUGCCCCUCACUCCCGCUCUUUUCCUCUCUACCCCUCCUUCUAGAAUUUGUGCCAGUGGGGUACAGCUGCAAGGGUUUAGGAGAUUGCGAGAGAAAGCAAAAAGAUGAGAAAGAUAUUUUUAAAUAUUCGAUGCACUUUUUUGGAUGCGCAAUAACUUAUUUUUUUAGUAUGUAUAUCCAUAUGUGUGUGUGUGUGUGUGUGUGUGUAUAUAUAUAUAUAUAUGUGUGUGUAUAUAUAUGUGUGUGUAUAUAUAUAUAUGCAUAUGCAUAAUAUACAUAUAUAUGUAUAAGAAGAAUAUGUAGGCAGAAGUGGAUCAAACUGUGAAGCAUUUGUUAGAUGAAUUAACCACAGAAGCUGGGCCUGCAAGAGAGAGUAUCGGUUGGACUGCACAGCUACACCCACCUGCCUGUCCGCAAACACGCACCCACCACCGUAAAUUAGCAUAUUGCGCCAAUCGGCCAAAAAUAAUAGCCGCUGUCACCCGGCACAGGUACUUAUUCCGAGAUCUACGUAUCUUUUCGCAUAACGAGUCGUUUUCGGAUGCCGAUAACUGGCGUACUGCACGGGACGCGGUGAUGAGGCUGUCGAGUGUCGCUCACGGUGACGUGUUCAGGCAGCUUCUAUGAAUGUCCUGUUUCAUCAAAAGAAGAAACGCAGACGCAGUAGGAUGAUGAGAUUUAGCCAUGAAUCUCCCGGACUGGCCCUAAGAAUCUGAGCUGGGAUGGGGGGGGGGUAUGGAUUCUCGGGCCUGUUCUGGUACUGAUGGCAGCUGUAGGCAGGCGGCGUUCGGCACACACUGGCCAGCGUGGGAUCGGGCGGGGGGGGGGGGGGGGGGGGGAUGCUGACAUGUGCCAAACUUCUGGAUAAAAAGGGAAGCAGGGAAGCUAAUCAGAAGAGGCCGUUCCUCUGGACGUUUGCUCCCCGCCUUCCGGGGAGACGGACGUGUCGAUAUCGAUGCUGAAGAGCCAUUUUAACUGGAAGUGGGAUUUUAUUUUAUUUUUUUUUACUUUGUUUUAUUGAUUUUUUUCAUGAAUGUAUUUUAUAAAUGAGUGUUCUUUGAGAUAAUUAAUCUGUCACUUUGCAUCACUAUCAGGAACACACACACGCACGCGUACACACACACACACACACGCACGCGUACACACACACACACACACGCGUACACACACACGCACGCGUACACACGCACGCGUACACACACAC